CCUCUAAAGAUCCUAUUUCUGCAAAAAAAAAAAGAAAAAAGCAGCCAGCACAGGCCGAGAGAAACAUUUCAAAAAAUGGGAUCAGAGGAUGGUUUCAGCUACCUAAUGCCAGGCCACAGUGAGAAACACAGGCGGGCCCCGAACUGGACUGAUGGCGAAAUGAAAGCCCUCCUGUAUGUGUGGGAGGAACACCACAACGAACUGAAAAUGAGCAAGAGGAAUGCUAAGGUUUACGAGAAGAUGUCCCAGAGGUUUUUCCAGCUGACUGGAGAGCAGCGGUUCAAAGAGGAGAUCAAGAUGAAAAUCACCAACAUGUCUUUUCAGUACAGGCGACUGAAAGCCGCAGUAGGGGAAAGUGGUGAGACUCCGGAUUGGCCGUACUAUAAGGCCAUCGAGAAGAUCCUCUCCAAGCCACUGGAGAACGGAAGGGUGAACUCUUUGGAGUAUCAGGCCUCUGCAGCGGGUCCUUCUACGUCCUCCCAGUCCACAGACAACCUGCUGCCCCAGUCAGAGGAUGGAGUGAUAGGAUUUCUGCCAGAGUACACAGGCUCCUCAGAUGAGAUGGAGAUUAAACAAGAGCUGGACUCUUUGAGCUCUGACAGCGAUCACACACAGGGCUCCAGCUCCCAUCACAUGUCAGCUAGGAAGAGACAUGCCAACAAGCACAUGUCCAUGAAGAAAAAGAAACUCAGAGUUAUGCAGGCCAUGCUGCAGCAACAGAAAAGGUCGAGCCGGGCCAUCGAGGAGACGUGCAGGGAGGUCCGUCGGGCCAUGCACCAGCAGAACCUCCUCCAGGUCCAGUGUCUGCAGCUGCAGGAGCGCAUGAUGAACCUUCUGGAGAAGAUGAUCCAAUCUCCUUCCAACACAUCCGCAUCGUGGGGUCAGAGUGGGGUGAAAGAUCCAGGAAAAUCAUGAAGCAUAGAAGUUACUGUUAUUUAGGAGCGAUCGUGAUAUUGCAGCACCUAUAGCCUUGCUGAAGGAACAAAUUGUAUUUUAUUUUGGAUUUCAGUAAAUCAUUUUUAUUGUUCAUCAUGCUAUAGGUGUUGCCGUUAUCAGUACAGAGAUGGUAUGGACAGGCACAGAUAUAUAUUCUUUUGCCAUUUCUGAAGGUGUUUGAUGAUCAUCGUUAGUAGAUGACCACGUUAAUAACUGUUAUGACAUAUGUUGGCACAUCUGGCUCCAAUGUGAGUUUUCAUUUUAAGGAUAACCGGAUCAGGUCUUUCUUGAUAAUUUGCCAAGUACCCUAAUAAAAUACCUUUGGGAACAACAA